AUGUCGAACAAGCCUGCUUUCAUCCCGAGUCGCGAUCUUCGAAACUUGAGGACGCUCGAUUUGACCUCGUCCGAAUGCUUGGCUGGUGUCCGCGACAAUCUCGACAGCCUGGCUCAUCUGCUCGGCGCCAGCGGUGGUCAGAUCGUGCAUGCCAAACCCCAGAUCAAGUCGGAUCGAAUCGAAGUGUAUGCUCCUUCCGAACCGGCGGUCGAACACCCACCUAAGGAGAUCGACUCCUUCGAAACCAGCUACGUCACAAGAUGGCUUUCCAGGCUCAUCUCAGAGUUUACCUUGACUUGUCCCGAUGACGAGUCUACAGCACUGCAGGCAGAGCGCCUCUCGGAACGAUGCGCUGCGCUGCUUGCGCUCGCAGCUGGCAGGAUGGCUGCAGGCGCCUCUGUUCAGGAUCAUAUCUUUCAGCUCGACGACGACGACAACACAAACUUAGUGGUCAAAGUAAGGGAUGCUGCGCUCGUUCACGACUCUCUGGGAACUCAUACGUGGGGAGCCGCUCCUAUCCUCUCGCAGCUUCUCUUGCCCUUGCAAGCAAUCGCUGAUGAUGCUUUCAAUGUCCUCGAACUCGGUGCCGGCACGGGUCUCGUUGGUCUUACCCUGGCAUCGUGGUCACGUCGCUAUCGUACCACGCACGAAACGCAGAUUGUCUGCACCGACUAUCACCCCACCGUGCUCGAAAACCUAGCCCACAACAUCAUGCUCAAUGGCUGGAAUCCCGAUGCGCAGCCAGCUCAAGGAGCGAAGCUAUCUGUCACAGCCCGCUGCCUUGAUUGGCAGAGCGUUCAUCGAAUGCAGCAGGGGUACGGCCAGGAUGUGACUCGGGAGCUGACCUCGCAAACCUUGCCUAACCUUAGUUCGACUUCGAGCGAUUCCAGCUGGUCCAAGCUUCUCGACGUCGAUGUCCAUUCAAAUACUUUUGACAUGCUCGUUGCAGCAGACUGCGUUUACGACCCCGUUCAUCCUUUCUGGAUUCGUUCUGUUGCUGAGAAGCUGCUCAAAAGACCGGACGCUCCCGAGAAGGUUCAACCGCUGCUGCACGUCAUGGUGCCACUGAGGCCGACGCAUCUGCAAGAGAUCCGUGCCGUCUACCAGGCUUUCGAAGCACAGCAGGCGCCGGACCGUGCUCAGUUGACCAUCCUCUCGGAGCACGAUUAUCAAGGCUACGAGAACUUUGGAGCUUGGAACGCGGUGGUCCAAUCGGAAGAUGUCGUCCACGGCCAGCCGGAAGGUGGUCUUGCCAGGACCUACAGGUGGUUCCGCAUUGGCUGGCAAAGUCUCUCGCAGAAGAGGCGACAGGACCAUCAGUGA